AUGGGCCGGGGUGAAGCUGCAGACGUGGGAGGGAUGGAGCGGCCCUGGGAGGACCGAGUUAAGGUGGGGGUGUCUUCCGCCGCAGGCAAAGCUUACGAGAUCACCUACGUGCGCCUCAAGUUCCACACCAGCCGCCCCGAGAGCUUCGCCAUCUACAAGCGCAGCCGUGCGGGCGGCCCCUGGGAGCCCUACCAGUUCUACAGCGCCUCCUGCGGGAAGACCUACGGCCGGCCCGAGGGCCACUACCUGCGGCCCGGCCAGGACGAGCGCGUGGCCUUCUGCACCUCCGAGUUCAGCGACAUCUCCCCCCUGAGCGGGGGCAACGUGGCCUUCUCCACCCUGGAGGGCCGGCCCAGCGCCUACAACUUCGAGGAGAGCCCCGCGCUGCAGGAGUGGGUCACCAGCACCGAGCUCCUCAUCUCGCUCGACCGGCUCAACACGUUUGGGGAUGACAUCUUCAAGGACCCCAAGGUGCUGCAGUCCUACUACUACGCCGUGUCCGACUUCUCGGUGGGCGGCAGGUGCAAGUGUAACGGACACGCCAGCGAGUGUGGCCCCGACGCGGAGGGCCGGCUGGUCUGCCGAUGCCAGCACAACACCACGGGCGCGGACUGUGAGCGCUGCCUGCCCUUCUUCCAGGACCGCCCGUGGGCGCGGGGCACAGCGGAGGCCGCCAACGAGUGUCUGCCUUGCAACUGCAGCGGCCACUCCGAGCAGUGCGUGUUCGACCAGCAGCUCUUCCGCAGCACGGGCCACGGCGGGCGCUGCCUCCACUGCCGCGACCACACGGCCGGGCCACACUGCCAGCUCUGCCAGGAGAACUUCUACCGCUGGAAGCCCUGGAUGCCCUGCCAGCCGUGCGACUGCCACCCGGCAGGCUCCCUGCGCCUACAGUGUGACGACUCGGGCACCUGCUCCUGCAAGGCCACCGUGACGGGCUGGAAGUGUGACCGCUGCCUGCCCAGAUUCCACUCACUCAGCGAGGGAGGCUGCAGACCCUGCACCUGCCAUCCCGCCGGCAGCCUGGGCGCCUGCGACCCCCGCAGUGGGCGCUGCCCCUGCAAAGAGAACGUGGAAGGCAGCCAGUGUGACAGGUGGAAGCCAGGGACCUUUAACCUGCAGCCCCACAACCCAGCCGGCUGCAGCAGCUGCUUCUGCUACGGCCACUCCCAAGGUGUGUGCAGCCGCUGCCCGGUUCCGGGCCACCACAUCCUCUCCGACUUCUGCCUGGGAGCCGACGGCUGGCGGGCCGGCAGCGCAGGGGAGCCAGAGCGGCCCGCACGGUGGAGCCCCAGGGGCCUCCUGCUGAACCCCGAAGCCGAGGAGGAGCUCACAGCACCAGAGAAGUUCCUGGGCGACCAGCGGUUCAGCUAUGGGCAGCCCCUCACCCUGACCUUCCGGGUCCCUCCCGGGGGCUCCCCCCUCCCUGUGCAGCUGAGGCUGGAAGGGGCCGGCCUGGCCCUGACCCUGCCCUACUCCCGCCUGUCGGGCCCCCAGGACGCCGCGCAGCCCAGGGAGGUGCAGCUCGAGUUCCAGCUGCAGGAGACCUCGGAGGACGCGGACCCCCCGCUGCCCGCCUUCCACUUCCAGCGGCUGCUCGCCAACCUGACGGCUCUGCGCGUGCGGACCCGCCCCAGCCCGUCCGGCCAAGUGCUCCUGAGAGAGGUCCGGCUCCUGUCGGCCCAGCGCGGCCUCUCCCCGCCGGCCUCGUGGGUGGAGACUUGCUCCUGUCCCCAGGGAUACGUGGGCCAGUUCUGUGAAGCCUGUGCUCCGGGUUACAAGAGGGAGACACCCCGGGGGGGUCCCUAUGCCAACUGUGUCCCCUGCACCUGCAACCAGCACGGCACCUGUGACCCUAACACAGGGAUCUGCCAGUGCGGCCACCACACCGAGGGCCCGUCCUGUGAGCGCUGCUUGCCAGGUUUCUAUGGCAACCCCUUUGCAGGCCGAGCCGACGACUGCCAGCCUUGCCCGUGCCCUGGACAGUCGUCCUGCACGACCAUCCCAGAGAGCAGGGAGGUGGUGUGUACCCACUGUCCCGCGGGCCAGAAAGGACGGCGCUGUGAGACCUGUGACGAUGGCUUCUUUGGGGACCCGCUGGGGCUCUCUGGGGACCCCCAGCCCUGUCGGCGGUGCCAGUGCAGUGGGAACGUGGACCCCAACGCCGUGGGCAACUGCGACCCCCUGUCUGGCCACUGCCUGCGUUGCCUGUUCAACACGACAGGUGCUCGCUGCGAGCGCUGUCAGGACGGCUUCUACGGCAGCGCGCUGGCCCCGCGGCCCGUGGACAAGUGUGUGUCCUGCAGCUGCAACCCCGGGGGCUCGGUCAGUGCGCGGAGACCCUGCGACCCGGUGAGCGGCCAGUGCGCCUGCCUGCCUCACGUCACCGGACGGGACUGCGGCCGCUGCAGCCCAGGCUUCUACGACCUCCAGCCCGGGAGGGGCUGCCGGAGCUGUACGUGCCACCUGCUGGGCUCCCAGGAGAACCAGUGCCACCCCGAGACUGGGCAGUGCCCCUGCCGCCCGGGCGUCGAGGGCCAGGCCUGUGACAGAUGCCAGCUGGGUUUCUUCGGCUUCUCCAUCAAGGGCUGCCGGGCCUGCAGGUGCUCCCCGCUGGGCUCCGCCUCGCCCCAAUGCCACGAGAACAGCACGUGCGUGUGCAGGCCCGGCUUCGUGGGCUACAAGUGUGACCGCUGCCAGGAGAACUUCUUCCUCACGGCCGACAGGGCGCGGUGCCAGGAGUGCCCGUCCUGCUACACCCUGGUGAAGGCGGAG